AUGGCUGAGUUAAUGGAAUUGGAGGGCACAUUACCUCCCGAGCCUAUGAAGGCAUCUGAUGGGCCUGUAUCUGGUGAUAUCAUGACUGAUAUUGGUGAAAGUAGUAAAAUAUUGGAACCACUCUCCGUGGUAGAUGUGAAAUAUGAAGACAGCAGUGAUGAGGAAAGUAAUGAAAAAUCAAACAAUAAUUUCAACGAAAACAAUGAGAAAAAUGACGAUUUCAUAAAAAAGGAUGAAUUGAGUGACAGUGAUACUGAAACACGCAGGAGUAAACGAGACAAAGAUAUUGUUUCGUACAAAUUUGAAUCAGACAAGCGCAAGAAAAACUUCAAGUGUUGGAAAUGUAACGCGAAAUUAACCUGCGGCCGCGGACUGGCCAACCAUCUGCGAAAGCAUGAAGUGGAAAGAGGCUUCCAGUGUGUAAUGUGCAAAGAUAAAUUUGACAACAACAUAGAUUUAGUCAGACACAAGAGUAAGCAUGAUGACGAGGACCGCACCUACAUGUGUCAAAAGUGUAAAUUAGCAUUUACCCACUACUGCGACUAUAUCCAUCACAUUGUCACACACCAGCAGCGUUCGUUAUACAAGUGCGAUGAAUGCUUUUCGUAUUACAAAGAGAAGCACACAUUCAAAAACCAUGUCUACAUACAUUGCGAACAGCACACGGAAGCUAAGAAAACCGCACCGAAAACACACAAAUGCGGCGAGUGUGGCAAAGCGUAUCCCGAUUCGAAAAUGUUGAAAUACCACAUGAUGGGUCACACUGGUGUGAGGCCGUUCCAGUGUCUUUACUGCGGAAAAGGAUUCCGAACCGAUGUACAGCGGAAGACGCACACGAGAAUUCACACAAACGAACGACCGUUCGUCUGCAAACACUGCCAUUUAGGAUACAAGCAGUCGACCGACUUGAAGAAGCACUCAUGUAAAGUUGUUAAGAAAGAGAAGAUAUUCGAGUGUGAACUCUGUGAUAAGAAAUUCAAGUUGCAACUUUCUUUGGCAACACACAUGUUGAUUCACAGUGACUUUAGGCCAUAUCCGUGUAAGCUAUGCGACCAUGCGGCCUUGACGGCGGGGGCGUUGAAAUCGCAUGUUAUACAUAAGCAUACGACUGAGACGCCGUUUCGGUGCGAAACUUGCGACAUUGGUUUUAAAUACUCGAAGGAUUUAAGUAGACAUUACGAGUCGAAACGGCAUAAGUUGAACACGUUGAAUCGUUGAUUUUGAAACGAUUCUUCGUUGUACUGUAACAUUGGUGGUGGGUGACCGAUUUCAUGGCACAGAAACAUUGUAUAAUCCUGUAGUUUUAAGUAAAUAAACUUACGUUACUUUGAGGUAUGAUUAAUUAAAUUGUUGAUUCGGUUCAUUAAAAUAAGUAUUGUACGUAUUUU